AUGAAAUCUGGGAGAUCAUCGACAUCCUCCAUGUUCAGUGGCGACCACGACGACGUGCGGACAGUCGACUGCAGUCUCGACGAGACGAACCUGGCUCCAUUGGGUGUGGAACGGCUUCCUGGGGCCCGUGAUGAGAAGCCUCGUUCUGGGGAGACAGAACGACCUGAUCUACAACGGGCGCAGUACUUGCAUCCAAAGGCAGCCAUGUUUCACGCGACAUUCCAAUCCAAAGAUCCCAUUGGUCAGUUCUGCGUAGUUCCGGGGCCAAACACCAGGGCAGGAGGUUUCCCGGACAUCAAAGGCGCCGCCACAGAGUGCCCAGUCUUCUUAGUCAACCCUGCGUCCAGCGUGACGGUCUCCUUCGGAAGUGCAGAUAAAACGACCGGACAGACGACGACUUCAACUACUAUCAAAUACGAUACGGCUUUCAACACAAAAAACCUCGAAAACGGGCACGACAUCGCUCUCGUGCGCUUACCGACUCCUCUGGUCUUCUCCCCGAGCAUCCAGCCCAUCUGCUUCCCCACCACCGACGCCGUCCUGGGCACGACCAUCUCCGCCUGCGACCAGAAGGCCUACGGCUGGGGGUUCAUCGACUCUGCAGGCACGAUACGAACGAACUUCUUGCAAAAGCUGGACGUGACGGUGUCGUCCAAAGUCAUUCCUUGCUCCAGGCGCACGGAUGAGACGAUCAUUUGCGGAGACAGUGGUGGACCCCUGGCAGUGAGAUAUAAUGACCGAGCCUACGUCACCGGGAUCGCCUCGUUUGUCAUAAAGAACUGCGCCUCUGGCAUCGCUGGCUACACCAGGACCUCCAAAUAUGCCACUUGGAUUCAACAACAGAUCUCCGGCUGAGAGCGCUGCUUUCCUCUCGCCAGGCUAAGGGAGGACACCCGGAAAAACACCCCCGCACGCAUGCGCACACGUGGGCGCGCACAUGUAUUGAUAUCCUUGCACCGACUCUUCCGAUCACACCCGCACAUUUGGAUCCAUUCGGCUCCCAUUGGGCAAGUCGUUGGGCAUCUCCUCCUGUCGUCAUAGCAUCCGUCGCCGAGUGCCAUAAGACACUGUCUAUGGGAAAAUUAAAAAAGUUCUGGCACCCUUUGGAUUUCCUGGGAUCUUUGAUAAUAGCAAUAAAAAACUUUUGUUUCGG